CUGUGUUUCUGGCCAGACUGCCAGAGAGAACAGACGUUUGGUUUAAGAGCUGGGAGGUUUAGCAAAUAUUACGCGCAUAAUUAUUAAUUUUGGAUCUUGAUUAUUACCCUCCCAACUUGACAUUUGAUAUUCAGUUGGAUGGAGUUUAAUGAAGCAUUGUUGACUCCAAUCACAUCAUAAAAAGUACUUAGCGUCUGAAGAGUAAAUAAUCCAUUGUGAGCUAUGGAGGGCUCGCUUUGGUUGACGCUAAUGGCCACUUGUAUGGUUCUAAAGUAUUCACAUUCCAUUUCCGAUUACGAAGAGGGGCUACCUUUUGACUUAGGAUGCGGUAAUUCUAUGGAUAUAGCUUUAAUGUUAGACACAACGACAAACAACCCAUCUCAACACGACGAAUUUAGGAAAUUCUUAACUGACUUAGUAGACGAGUUUCAAAUUGAUUCUGGAAAGGUUCGAGUGGCUUUGGUGACUUUCAGCUCACAACCAGUGCUGCAUUUCAGGCUUGAUAAAUACACCAAUAAAAACGAUAUUAAGUCGGCUAUAAGAAAUGCAAGGUUUACCCCUGGUGAAAGAAACUUUGCGGAUGCUUUUGAUAUGCUGAGGAGGCAGGUUUUCUUUGGGCAAUACGGGGAUAGAUUUGAUGCACCAAAUAUAGUUAUAUUGAUAACAUCUGGAAAUUCCCAGAGAAAAGAAAUUGAAGCUGCACAGCAAGCGCAUACUUUGAAAGACCAAGCCAGUAUUCUUGUCAUACCAAAAGGUGUAUCAAACUUAAAAGAAAUGCAAUCCUUUGCCAGUGAUCCAUACUUGGAAAAUACUUAUGAACUAGGGGCAUCAGAAAAUAUCAGUUUGAUAAAAGAUCUUGUAUAUGUUGGGAUUUGCUCAAUAACAACUGAUAAUGCUUAUGAUAAUGAGGAGUUUGAGGGUUCUGCAGUAUCUUCUACAGGGAGUAAUAAAACAGAUUUGGCCAUACUACUUCAUUACUCUGACACUACACCCAAAAAAGAGUUCGACGUUAUACAACAGUUUCUGCACGAUCUCCUUGCUAAUGUGAAUGUUGACAAUGAUAAUGUAAGAGUGUCUUUGGCCUUAUAUGGCAGAGAAACAAACUUACAAUUUGAUUUCAAUGCUUACAAACAAAAUAAGAAAAAACUAUUGAACGCAUUGCUAAUAGACUAUUUUGACGGAAGGUCACAAGAGGCCAAUUUGGCUAGUGCUUUAGAUUUUGCACGCACAUCAAUGUUCUUGGAAGCUUAUGGCGAUCGCUUGGAUGUUCCAAACACGCUUUUAGUAAUCACAAACAAAAACUCUGAUGGCAAGUAUGUCCCAGCAUUUCAACAAAGCUUGGAAGAGUUGAAAAACAAGGAUGUCACUGUAAUUGGUGUGGGAUUGAAUCUCUACGAUGUGGACGAAGUGAAUGCACUCUCCAAGUCACCUGUCUUUAGCUUUAUAUUGAACGAUGCUUCUCAGCUGUCUGUUGUUCUUAAAGAAAUUCAAAAAAGGCUUCCAUCACUUACACCAAUGGAAACAACACCUGCCGCGUCACCAAUUGUUUUUUAUGAAGAACCGAUUCAGAAUGCGUCAGUCGAGGCUGGUAUAGACAGUAAUGUAAAGGCUGACAUCACAGUGGUUUUUCACUCAAGUCACAAGACAAAGGCAAAACUGUUUAAAAAAAAAUUACUCAACUUUAUCUCAAACCUUUUUGCCAAAGCUGCAGUAGACUCCGGUGACGUUAAGGUUGCUAUGGUGAACUAUGGUGUAACAGGAACUGUUCUGUUUAAUUUUAAUAAAUACACACAAAAGUCGGAGUUACGCAAGGCUAUAAGAAACACCAGUGGUAAAGUAAGAAACAGUAAUGCAAAUUUAGGAGAUGCUUUACAUUUAAUAAGGACAAAAUUAUUUACCAAACAAGAGGGAUUCCGAUUAGAUGAAGGGGUUUCAUCGGCUAUUAUAUUAAUAACUGAUAUGCCCUCCACAGUUUCUUCGUAUUCCGUUGAAGACGAAAUGAAUCGCAUAAAGAGGGAUUUUAAAACCUCAGUAUUUACGGUGGGAAUAGAUAAAGCAGACUUAAAGGAAUUGCAAACAAUUACCAGUACCCCAACAAGAGAUUAUUUCCAAUCAGUGACUAAUUAUGAAGACCUCAUGGCCAAUAAAGAUAUUUUGGCAAACAUUAGAAAUGGAAUUCGGCCACUUGGUAGUAAAGCAGCUAAGACAUCAAAACCCACAUCCAUGCAAGGACAGAACACAGAGCCUUGGAUCGCACCUACCCUUAACCUAGCAAUAUUGUUCCAGUCACAUGGAAAAACAAAUCCAAAAGAUUUUUAUAAACGCUUAUUACCUUUUAUUGGUAAUCUCAUUCAAUACCCAGAUCUUACAAAACAUAGAACGGAUGUUGCUUUAUUCAACUAUGGCAAAACUGUGAAUAUCUUGAAACAAUUUAAAGGAAGUGAAAGCUUAAAUGAAACCAAAAGUAUUUUACUUGGGUUGUCGAAGACAUUGCGAAGUAAAUCAGCAAUUUUAUGCAAGGCAUUGGACGAAGCACUGAUUUCCUUCCAAAAACUGGGCAAUGUCGCUGUAGUAAGUAAUCAAAUCGUCAUUAUUACGGAUACCCAAACAACGGACAAUUGUACAGGAGUUAUUGAUAAACUGCAGAGUUCAGACGUUGAUGUCCAAGCGAUCCAGGUCAAAGCUUCUGAAGACAAUGAAUUAAAAUUGAUCACAGAUCCAAAUGAGGGUGGAUUUCUGUUGAGUGUGAAAUCAUAUGAAGAUCUGAACGCACAAUCACAGAUUCUGGAUGCUGUUGCACAGAAUAUUAUUCACAACGUUGAUACCAAAACACUUCAUUCAAAAACAUUAAGAAAAAAUGAUGGAGAAAAAGGAAGACCAGCAAAGAUAGUAAUUCUCUUACAUGCAUCAACAAAUGUGAGUAAAAGGAAUUUCAAAAAGCAGUUUCUCAAGUACGUUCUCAAACUCGUGAAGAAAGCAAAAAUUGGUGUGAAUGAUGUUCGUGUAAGUUUAAUAGCUUAUGGCGAUAAACCUUAUGUUGUGUUUAAUUUUAACGAUCAUUUGGAUAAAAAGACUCUUCUUAGAGCAAUAAAGAAAACUCCGAAAAAACUACGUUUUGAUUCUGCCGAUUUAGGAAAAGGUAUUGCGUCAGCACGAUUGAUAUUUGACAAUGACAAAUUGUUACAAGGCAAACAGAUAUUAAUUAUUGUCACAGACGGAAAUCCUUCAGGUGACCAUUCAGUUCUGCAAUCAGAAGUUAGUACGGCCAAACAUGAAGGGAUUCAAAUAAGUGUUGUUUCUGUCGCCAUUGGAAAUACAACUAUUUUAAAAAAUGUUGCAAGUAGACCAACCUCGAAACAUUUUUAUAACGUUAAAACAUAUACAGACUUACAGAUAUACAAAAAGAGUGGGAAGCCUGUAAUUCGAAACAAUCCAUUUUUACGGAAGAAAAAACAAAGAAAGCCAAAACCACCAGUUUCCACAACAUCAACUAUGACGCCUUGGCCCACUGCAGAUAAAUUUUUAGCGACUACAGUUGGUGUUAAGCGUACAUUAGAAUUGAAAUCAACCCCAAAAAUAAAAAUAACGACACCCUUUCAAAUGAAUCAAACUAAUGAAAUAGGAACACUAGACAUUUUUUCUCGACCCAAUUUCUCCGAUUCUUCUCAAGUAAAUCAACUAAUUACAAGCACAAUUUCUACUGAGUAUCAGUGGAUAACCGACAAAGGUACAAUAAAACAAACGAUUGACGACUUGGAAAAGGAUAAAAGUACAAUACCUUACGACGUUUAUUACACGGAAAGCUAUGGAGACAAAACACAAACAUCAAACAAUAUAAGUGUCAACACAACAGAAAUUAACGAGACGACAGUUCAUCCCAACAUCACAGUUACAGAAGAUCACACCACUGCACAACUAAAAACAUCAACACUGCCCACAAAUUGGAACAUCAUUACAAGGAGAGACCAGUUUAACACGGACAGGUUUAGUAAUACCACACGCGAUCCCACAGAUAACAGAAUUGACGAAGAUGGAUAUCAAAAGGGCGACUUUUCCACUACAUACGCUUCAACUUCAAAAGGUUAUGGAACAUACGAACACUUGAGUGUGGGCAAGAAAGUUAUUAAAAAUUUCACUGAAGGCCUAAGUAUAUCUCCAACGAUAGGGUCUAAUGUUGGUAUUUUCAAUAAAUAUACACCUACAAAUGGAAAUAUUAAUUCAAACAAUAAAACCGACUGGUUUGAAAGUACUCUUACUCCGCCGGAAAACUAUUCGAGUAAAGGUGAAAAUGUUAUGGAGCGAGCAGCUUGUUUUUUCUUUGAUGCUGUUUUAACAAUACCAACCGGCGCUGACCAUCGAAAUUCGAAAGUAUCUUUUCAUAACCUCACUGAAACCUUAAUUGCAUCGAUUGAACAAACUGUUAAAGAUGGAAACAUUUGCGAAUCCAUUCAAACAGUUGUAAACGCGAUGAAAUUAACUCCACAAGUGAAAAAUGAGUUAAAUAUUUCGGAAUUUAAGAAUGAAGACGAAAAACUAUUGUUUAUAUUGUUUGUUGAUUACUUUUGUAAUCUUCAAACAUCAAUAUUAAACUUUUCCGCAAAACUGGACGCGAGUUUCACCAAAACGAUCCGUGACGCCUACGGACAAGAAACACCGGGAAGCGAACUGGUAUCUCGUAAAUUGCCAGGAAUGGUAGUGAAUGGUGAAAACCUGAGGUCGAUUCAAAAGCAUCUUCAACUCUUGAAAAACCUUCCAAAUCUUAGCAGUAAUCAAUUCUUGCAGAACACGAGCAAUUUUUUGGUCUUACCAUAUCGUUGCAAAGGUCUUUUGAAAUUAAAAGCUCAAAACAGAGAUCUCUUACGGAAUGGCCAAAAAGCGCAAAUUGUGUUUGCGUUCCACGUUUCAUCGUCGAUACUUGAAAGCGAAGCAGCCUUGCUCAAACAAUUCUAUACUGACAUACUUCACAAAGGAGAUAUUGAAAGCGGAGGUCUUAAGGUAGCAAUAAUAGGAUAUGGGGAUGUAGCAACCACAUAUGCCGAUUUUUCCAGACCUUUGUCAAGGAGGGAUCUCAUUUCUACUUUUGACUAUGCAAUUGACAAAGAAAAAAUCUCCGUCGGAAAUCGUAAUGUCAAUGCUGCGUCUGUUUUUGAUGAAGUAGCAAGAAUAUUACCAGCUGGAAACGAUACCCCCAAAGCGUUGAUAUUUUUCACUGAUCAACAAUCUACUGACAUCGCAAAUCUUGCAGCUAAUGUUAUGAAGAAGAAAUUGGAAGAUGAACAGCUUGUUGAAAUAUUCAGUGUUGCUGUGGGCACAAAUUCAAAAGACGAGCCCGCAGCUUUAGCAUCAACUCCAGAUAAUGUAUUCAGCGUUUCAGAAUACUCAAGUUUACCGAGAAUCAGUGAAGAAUUUGUCCAAAGACUUGGGAUAUUUCGGUCAUUGACAGAAGAAUCUAUUCCUGAUUUAAAAGAUGCAAUGAUUUCGACAACACCUCCGCAACAGAAAUAUGUUAUAACCAUACCGCCACCUCCUCCUCCUCCACCACCCACCUUCCUCUCUUCUACUGGAGUGCAUGCCAAGCCCGAUAUCAGUGACAUUGAAAACCCAACUACUCUUAUUCCAACAACCUUUGCAUCAACGGCAUAUUCACUCCCAGUGUGCUUUGACCAUGCCGACGUUGUCUUUGCUUUGGAUUCGUCUAUCAGUAUCCAGUCGACAGGUUUUCGGAAGAUGCUUAAUUUCUGCAAACAAUUUCUAGAUAAACUUAGUAUUGACAAUGGUGCUGUACGAGUUGGGAUAGUAACUUUCAGUUCCAGAUACACAAUUGAAUUUAAUCUGAAUAAAUAUUCUUCUGUAAGAAGCCUACAACAAGCUAUUGAUGGAAUGCAAUGGAGUCCUAGCUUUACAAAAAACACUGCUGAAGGAAUUAAAGCGAUGCACAAGUACAUGUUUACAUCUGUUAAUGGUGAUCGACCAAAAGCGUCAAAUAUAGCUAUAAUUAUUACAAAAGGUCCUUCUGUUGAUUCUCAAAGAACGUUGCAAGAAGCGAUGACAGCAAAAAGUAAAGGCAUUCAUAUAUAUGCUGUUGGGAUAGGUUUAGAUGAAGAUUUGCAAUCAGAGGUUAACUCUAUUGCCUCAGAGCCAUUCAGAAAAUAUUCAUUUUUCAUUUCAUCAUUUGAUCAACUUGAUGGCUUGGAUGAUGAAAUUGUAGCAUCAGCUGAUUGUCCAGAAAAUAUCUUUAGUGACAACUAUGACGUUGUAUUUUUGUUGGAUUCGUUUGGUGUCACAAGGAGCGUUUUUGAAGACAUGAAAACAUUUGUUUAUCAGAUAUUUGAUUAUUUCAACGUAAACUAUGGACAAUACAAAGUUGGUCUUGCACAAUAUACUCAAGGCGAUGAUAUAACUGCUGAAUGGCAUCUCAAUAGUUACAAAACUAAGCAAGACAUAUUAAGCGCUGCCUUCGCUGUUAACUUUAAACAGAGAUCUGGAAAGAGAGAAAUAGGAAAAGGAAUCGAUUACAUCAGGACGAAUAUGUUUAAAACAGAAAAUGGGGAUCGCAUUUUUGGAAGAGAUCUUAUAAUAUUACUAACGGGAAUGGAAAAGAGUGAAGACGUAUAUCAAUCCUAUCUGGCAGCUGAAAGAGCAGAGGAUGCAAAAAUAAAUCUAUAUACAGUUGGUUUUUACUUGAAUGACACGGAAGAAUUGCGCCAAAUCAGUACGUGGCCGCUGAGAAGUUACAACUAUUUAGUCCAAAAUUACGAAGAUGUUGGUGUUUUGCCCGCUGCAUUAUUUAAUUCUAUUCAGGAAGACAUUGAACCUCGCCGUCAAAGACCACGACCAACUGUUGACACUGUAGAACCAUCAGCAUCUCCACCAAAAGAAGCAGCCACUUAUACACCAUUUCCUACGACAGCAUUAAACCAGUGCUUUUCAAAAGUGGAUUUGGUGUUUGUAUUGGAUUCUUCAACAAGUGUAGGAAAUGAUAACUACGACAAAAUGAAAAGCUUCGUGACGAAGUUCCUUCACUCUGCAAACAUUGACAAUGGAGAUGUUAGGGUAGGCCUUUUAUCCUACAGCACGCAAGUCACAGUCGAAUUCAAACUGAACUCAUAUACAACAAAAACUGAUGUGUUCAAUGCUGUAAAUGCGAUACCAUGGAGAUACGGAAGUACGAAUACUGCUGAUGGCCUCCAAACAAUGCAUGAAGAGUUGUUUAAUGAAGCUAAUGGUGACAGACCUGGAGUCCCAAAUAUCUGCAUCAUUAUGACUGACGGUGUAUCCAAUAUCAACUACCAAAGAACCAUUCCCGAAGCCGAGAAAGCGAGAGCAAAGGGUAUUCAUAUCUAUGCUGUUGGAAUUGCCCUAAAAGACUUAGAGGAAGUGAACGGAAUAGCUAGCAAACCUGAGAGUACAAACGUAUUUGCUGUUAACACCUUUGAUGAAUUAGAAGGUCUUGAUGAAAAAAUCUUUGAAUCAACAUGUCCAGCUACAACAACAACAACUACAACCACGACGCCUCUGCGCGACUCUGGAUAUGAUGUUGUUAUUAUGAUGGAUUCAAAUGUUGCUCCAGAAACAUUUGACUCCAUGAAAAAGUACACAAAGUCACUCGUGAACAAGUUUAGCAUUGACGAUAAGGAAUACCGGGUAGGACUCAUGCAAUAUGGAUCUUCUAAUAACAAACAAUGGGAUUUGGACAGAUACGAUGACAAAUAUGGUGUCUUGUCGGCAGUCGACAGCGUUCCUUUCAGAAGAGACACUUCGUCCGAUGCAGCAAGUGCCAUCCGAAUGGUCAGACGUAGAAUGUUCAACGACAGAAACGGAGAUCGAGACUUUGCAAGGAAUCUCAUAUUCCUUAUGACUGCCAAUGAGCGAAGUGAUGACAUAUACGCCACCUGGAACGAAGCAGAGGAGGCUGAAAAAGAAAAUAUAAAUCUAUAUACUGUUGGGUUUGAUUUAGAUGAUACAACAGAAAUAGACGAAACAUCAACUCAUCCACUUAGAAUUUAUCGUCAUCUCAUCAAUACCAGAGAAGGCGACCGCCCUAUCGAUGAAUCAACGAGUAACAUUCUUGGACUUAUUGACGAAGAUAUAGAGCCUCCGAGAUCUCGACCAAAGCCUACAACUACACCAAUUCCAACGACUGUCUUAAACCAAUGUUUUGCUCAGGUGGACAUAGUAUUUGUGUUGGAUUCGUCCACAAGCGUUGGCAAUGAUAACUACGACAAAAUGAAAAGCUUUGUGACAAAGUUCCUUCAUGGUGCCAACAUUGACAGUGGAGAUGUUCGUGUAGGUCUCCUGUCGUACAGCACUAAAGUCACGGUUGAAUUCAAACUCAACUCUUAUAGCACCAAGGCAGACGUGUUCAAUGCCGUAAAUGCAAUACCAUGGAGAUACGGAAGUACAAAUACUGCCGAUGGUCUCCAGACAAUGCAUGAAGAGUUGUUUAAUGAAGCUAACGGUGACAGACCUGGAGUCCCUAAUAUCUGCAUCAUUAUGACAGACGGUGUAUCCAAUAUCAACUACCGAAGAACAAUUCCCGAGGCUGAUGUAGCGAAAGAAAAGGAUAUCCAUAUAUAUGCCGUUGGAAUUGGCCUCAAAGACUUGAAGGAGGUGAAUGGAAUAGCCAGCGAACCUGCAAGUACAAAUGUUUUUGCAGUUAACACAUUUGAUGAACUUGAAGGUCUUGAUGAAAAAAUCUUUGCAGCGACAUGUUCAGUAAAGACAACGUUACCGAUUACAACAACAUUGCCAACUACAACAACUACUAAACAACGUGAUUCUGGUUAUGAUGUCAUCUUCAUGUUCGAUUCGUCUGUACCAGAGGAACGCGUUUUUAAUCAAAUGAAAGACUUUGCAGCCAAUGUUGCUGAGGGGCUCAGCAUCGAUGACAAGGAAUAUCAAAUUGGUCUCAUGCGAUACAGUAGUAAUGCCGAUGAGAUUGCGCAACUGAACGGACUACCAAAGAAAAAUGACGUUGUACGAGAAAUUAAACAAAUAGCAUACAGGCCAGGUGAGAGCAAUCUUGAUGACGCCAUUGAUGACGUUCGACAGACUAUGUUUACUGACAGAAAUGGUGAUAGAGACUUUGCUAGGAAUCUCAUUGUAUUAUUUACCGGAGUGGACCAAAGUGCCAACCCCUAUGAAGCUUUCAGAGCUGCUGAAAAAGCGGAAAGGGAUCAAAUCAACUUGUAUACGGUUGGAUUUUAUCUAAACGACACGUUUGAAAUCGACGAGGUAUCCACGCAUCCUUUGAGUACAUACCGUUAUCUUGUGAAUAGGAAAAAGGAUCUAAAUGAAGUUUCAACGGAUCUUGUCAAAUCAAUUGAUGACAUUGUAAGACCAGAGAGAGGUCGACCAUACCCAACAACAACUACUACAACAACAACUACAACCACGACGCCUCUGCGCGACUCUGGAUAUGAUGUUGUUAUUAUGAUGGAUUCAAAUGUUGCUCCAGAAACAUUUGACUCCAUGAAAAAGUACACAAAGUCGCUCGUGAACAAGUUUAGCAUUGACGAUAAGGAAUACCGGGUAGGACUCAUGCAAUAUGGAUCUUCUAAUAACAAACAAUGGGAUUUGGACAGAUACGAUGACAAAUAUGGUGUCUUGUCGGCAGUCGACAGAGUUCCUUUCAGAAGAGACACUUCGUCCGAUGCAGCAAGUGCCAUCCGAAUGGUCAGACGAAGAAUGUUCAACGACAGAAACGGAGAUCGAGACUUUGCAAGGAAUCUCAUAUUCCUUAUGACUGCCAAUGAGCGAAGUGAUGACAUAUACGCCACCUGGAACGAAGCAGAGGAGGCUGAAAAAGAAAAUAUAAAUCUAUAUACUGUUGGGUUUGAUUUAGAUGAUACAACAGAAAUAGACGAAACAUCAACUCAUCCACUUAGAAUUUAUCGUCAUCUCAUCAAUACUAGAGAAGGCGACCGCCCUAUCGAUGAAUCAACGAGUAACAUUCUUGGACUUAUUGACGAAGAUAUAGAGCCUCCGAGAUCUCGACCAAAGCCUACAACUACACCAAUUCCAACGACUGUCUUAAACCAAUGUUUUGCUCAGGUGGACAUAGUAUUUGUGUUGGAUUCGUCCACAAGCGUUGGCAAUGAUAACUACGACAAAAUGAAAAGCUUUGUGACAAAGUUCCUUCAUGGUGCCAACAUUGACAGUGGAGAUGUUCGUGUAGGUCUCCUGUCGUACAGCACUAAAGUCACGGUUGAAUUCAAACUCAACUCUUAUAGCACCAAGGCAGACGUGUUCAAUGCUGUAAAUGCAAUACCAUGGAGAUACGGAAGUACAAAUACUGCCGAUGGUCUCCAGACAAUGCAUGAAGAGUUGUUUAAUGAAGCUAACGGUGACAGACCUGGAGUCCCUAAUAUCUGCAUCAUUAUGACAGACGGUGUAUCCAAUAUCAACUACCGAAGAACAAUUCCCGAGGCUGAUGUAGCGAAAGAAAAGGAUAUCCAUAUAUAUGCCGUUGGAAUUGGCCUCAAAGACUUGAAGGAGGUGAAUGGAAUAGCCAGCGAACCUGCAAGUACAAAUGUUUUUGCAGUUAACACAUUUGAUGAACUUGAAGGUCUUGAUGAAAAAAUCUUUGCAGCGACAUGUUCAGUAAAGACAACGUUACCGAUUACAACAACAUUACCAACUACAACAACUACUAAACAACGUGAUUCUGGUUAUGAUGUCAUCUUCAUGUUCGAUUCGUCUGUACCAGAGGAACGCGUUUUUAAUCAAAUGAAAGACUUUGCAGCCAAUGUUGCUGAGGGGCUCAGCAUCGAUGACAAGGAAUAUCAAAUUGGUCUCAUGCGAUACAGUAGUAAUGCCGAUGAGAUUGCGCAACUGAACGGACUACCAAAGAAAAAUGACGUUGUACGAGAAAUUAAACAAAUAGCAUACAGGCCAGGUGAGAGCAAUCUUGAUGACGCCAUUGAUGACGUUCGACAGACUAUGUUUACUGACAGAAAUGGUGAUAGAGACUUUGCUAGGAAUCUCAUUGUAUUAUUUACCGGAGUGGACCAAAGUGCCAACCCCUAUGAAGCUUUCAGAGCUGCUGAAAAAGCGGAAAGGGAUCAAAUCAACUUGUAUACGGUUGGAUUUUAUCUAAACGACACGUUUGAAAUCGACGAGGUAUCCACGCAUCCUUUGAGUACAUACCGUUAUCUUGUGAAUAGGAGAAAGGAUCUAAAUGAAGUUUCAACGGAUCUUGUCAAAUCAAUUGAUGACAUUGUAAGACCAGAGAGAGGUCGACCAUACCCAACAACAACUACUACAACAACAACUACAACCACGACGCCUCUGCGCGACUCUGGAUAUGAUGUUGUUAUUAUGAUGGAUUCAAAUGUUGCUCCAGAAACAUUUGACUCCAUGAAAAAGUACACAAAGUCACUCGUGAACAAGUUUAGCAUUGACGAUAAGGAAUACCGGGUAGGACUCAUGCAAUAUGGAUCUUCUAAUAACAAACAAUGGGAUUUGGACAGAUACGAUGACAAAUAUGGUGUCUUGUCGGCAGUCGACAGAGUUCCUUUCAGAAGAGACACUUCGUCCGAUGCAGCAAGUGCCAUCCGAAUGGUCAGACGAAGAAUGUUCAACGACAGAAACGGAGAUCGAGACUUUGCAAGGAAUCUCAUAUUCCUUAUGACUGCCAAUGAGCGAAGUGAUGACAUAUACGCCACCUGGAACGAAGCAGAGGAGGCUGAAAAAGAAAAUAUAAAUCUAUAUACUGUUGGGUUUGAUUUAGAUGAUACAACAGAAAUAGACGAAACAUCAACUCAUCCACUUAGAAUUUAUCGUCAUCUCAUCAAUACUAGAGAAGGCGACCGCCCUAUCGAUGAAUCAACGAGUAACAUUCUUGGACUUAUUGACGAAGAUAUAGAGCCUCCGAGAUCUCGACCAAAGCCUACAACUACACCAAUUCCAACGACUGUCUUAAACCAAUGUUUUGCUCAGGUGGACAUAGUAUUUGUGUUGGAUUCGUCCACAAGCGUUGGCAAUGAUAACUACGACAAAAUGAAAAGCUUUGUGACAAAGUUCCUUCAUGGUGCCAACAUUGACAGUGGAGAUGUUCGAGUAGGUCUCUUGUCGUACAGCACUAAAGUCACGGUUGAAUUCAAACUCAACUCUUAUAGCACCAAGGCAGACGUGUUCAAUGCUGUAAAUGCAAUACCAUGGAGAUACGGAAGUACAAAUACUGCCGAUGGUCUGCAGACAAUGCAUGAGGAGUUGUUUAAUGAAGCUAACGGUGACAGACCUGGAGUCCCUAAUAUCUGCAUCAUUAUGACAGACGGUGUAUCCAAUAUCAACUACCGAAGAACAAUUCCCGAGGCUGAUGUAGCGAAAGAAAAGGAUAUCCAUAUAUAUGCCGUUGGAAUUGGCCUCAAAGACUUGAAGGAGGUGAAUGGAAUAGCCAGCGAACCUGCAAGUACAAAUGUUUUUGCAGUAAACACAUUUGAUGAACUGGAAGGUCUUGAUGAAAAAAUCUUUGCAGCGACUUGUUCAGUAAAGACAACGUUACCGAUUACAACAACAUUGCCAACUACAACAACUACUAAACAACGUGAUUCUGGUUAUGAUGUCAUCUUCAUGUUCGAUUCGUCUGUACCAGAGGAACGCGUUUUUAAUCAAAUGAAAGACUUUGCAGCCAAUGUUGCUGAGGGGCUCAGCAUCGAUGACAAGGAAUAUCAAAUUGGUCUCAUGCGAUACAGUAGUAAUGCCGAUGAGAUUGCGCAACUGAACGGACUACCAAUGAAAAAUGACGUUGUACGAGAAAUUAAACAAAUAGCAUACAGGCCAGGUGAGAGCAAUCUUGAUGACGCCAUUGAUGACGUUCGACAGACUAUGUUUACUGAUAGAAAUGGUGAUAGAGACUUUGCUAGGAAUCUCAUUGUAUUAUUUACCGGAGUGGACCAAAGUGCCAACCCUUAUGAAGCUUUCAGAGCUGCUGAAAAAGCGGAAAGGGAUCAAAUCAACUUGUAUACGGUUGGAUUUUAUCUAAACGACACGUUUGAAAUCGACGAGGUAUCCACGCAUCCUUUGAGUACAUACCGUUAUCUUGUGAAUAGGAAAAAGGAUCUAAAUGAAGUGCCAACGGAUCUUGUCAAAACAAUUGAUGACAUUGUAAGACCAGAGAGAGGUCGACCAUACCCAACAACAACUACUACAACAACAACUACAACCACGACGCCUCUGCGCGACUCUGGAUAUGAUGUUGUUAUUAUGAUGGAUUCAAAUGUUGCUCCAGAAACAUUUGACUCCAUGAAAAAGUACACAAAAUCACUCGUGAACAAGUUUAGCAUUGACGAUAAGGAAUACCGGGUAGGACUCAUGCAAUAUGGAUCUUCUAAUAACAAACAAUGGGAUUUGAACAGAUACGAUGACAAAUAUGAUGUCUUGUCUGCGGUGGACAGAAUUCCUUUCAGAAGAGACACUUCGUCCGAUGCAGCAAGUGCCAUCCGAAUGGUCAGACGAAGAAUGUUCAACGACAGAAACGGAGAUCGAGACUUUGCAAGGAAUCUUAUAUUCCUUAUGACUGCCAAUGAGCGAAGUGAUGACAUAUACGCCACCUGGAACGAAGCAGAGGAGGCUGAAAAAGAAAAUAUAAAUCUAUAUACUGUUGGGUUUGAUUUAGAUGAUACAACAGAAAUAGACGAAACAUCAACUCACCCACUUAGAAUUUAUCGUCAUCUCAUCAAUACCAGAGAAGGCGACCGCCCUAUCGAUGAAUCAACGAGUAACAUUCUUGGACUUAUUGACGAAGAUAUAGAGCCUCCGAGAUCUCGACCAAAGCCUACAACUACACCAAUUCCAACGACUGUCAUAAACCAAUGCUUUGCACAAGUCGACUUGGUGUUUAUACUGGAUUCAUCCACUAGUGUAGGAAAUGAUAACUACGACAAAAUGAAAAGCUUCGUGACAAAGUUUCUUCAUGACGCUAACAUUGACAAUGGAGAUGUUCGAGUAGGUCUCUUGUCAUACAGUACUAAAGUCACGGUUGAAUUCAAACUCAACUCUUAUAGCACCAAGGCUGACGUGUUCGAUGCUGUGAAUGCAAUACCAUGGAGAUACGGAAGUACAAAUACUGCUGAUGGUCUCCAGACAAUGCAUGAAGAGUUGUUUAAUGAAGCUAAUGGUGACAGACCUGGAGUUCCAAAUAUCUGCAUCAUUAUGACAGACGGUGUAUCCAAUAUCAACUACCGAAGAACCAUUCCCGAAGCUGAUGUAGCGAAAGAAAAGGGUAUUCAUAUUUAUGCUGUUGGAAUCGCUCUAAAGGACCUAAAGGAGGUGAAUGGAAUCGCCAGCGAACCUGCUAGUACAAACGUUUUUGCAGUAAACACUUUUGAUGAGCUGGAAGGCCUUGAUGAAAAAAUCUUUGCAGCGACUUGUUCAGUUACAACAACAUUGCCAGAUACAACAACUACUAAAGAACGUGAUUCUGGUUAUGAUGUCAUCUUCAUGCUUGAUUCGUCUGUACCUGAUGAACGCGUUUUCAAUCAAAUGAAAGACUUUGCAGCCAAUGUUGCUGAGGGGCUCAGCAUCGAUGACAAGGAAUAUCAAAUUGGUCUCAUGCGCUACAGUAGUAAUGCUAAUGAGAUUGCGCAACUGAACAGACUACCAAUGAAAAAUGACGUUGUACGAGAAAUUAAACAAAUAGCAUACAGGCCAGGUGAGAGCAAUCUUGCUGACGCCAUGGAUGACGUACGACAGAAUAUGUUUACUGACAGAAAUGGUGAUAGAGACUUUGCUAGGAAUCUCAUCGUAUUAUUUACCGGAGUGGACCAAAGCACCAACCCUUACGAUGCGUUCAGAACUGCUGAAAAAGCGGAAAGGGAUCAAAUCAACUUGUAUACGGUUGGAUUUUAUCUAAACGACACGUUUGAAAUCGACGAGGUAUCCACGCAUCCGUUGAGUACAUACCGUUAUCUUGUGAAUAGGAAUAGGGAUCUAAAUAAAGUGCCAAAGGAUCUUGUAAAAUCAAUUGAUACCAUUGUGAGACCAGAGAGAGGUCGACCAUACCCAACAACAACUACUACAACAACAACUACAACCACGACGCCUCUGCGCGACUCUGGAUAUGAUGUUGUUAUUAUGAUGGAUUCAAAUGUUGCUCCAGAAACAUUUGACUCCAUGAAAAAGUACACAAAGUCACUCGUGAACAAGUUUAGCAUUGACGAUAAGGAAUAUCGGGUAGGACUCAUGCAAUAUGGAUCUUCUAAUAACAAACAAUGGGAUUUGGACAGAUACGAUGACAAAUAUGGUGUCUUGUCGGCAGUCGACAGCGUUCCUUUCAGAAGAGACACUUCGUCCGAUGCAGCAAGUGCCAUCCGAAUGGUCAGACGAAGAAUGUUCAACGACAGAAACGGAGAUCGAGACUUUGCAAGGAAUCUUAUAUUCCUUAUGACUGCCAAUGAGCGAAGUGAUGACAUAUACGCCACCUGGAACGAAGCAGAGGAGGCUGAAAAAGAAAAUAUAAAUCUAUAUACUGUUGGGUUUGAUUUAGAUGAUACAACAGAAAUAGACGAAACAUCAACUCACCCACUUAGAAUUUAUCGUCAUCUCAUCAAUACCAGAGAAGGCGACCGCCCUAUCGAUGAAUCAACGAGUAACAUUCUUGGACUUAUUGACGAAGAUAUAGAGCCUCCGAGAUCUCGACCGAAGCCUACAACUACACCAAUUCCAACGACUGUCAUAAACCAAUGCUUUGCACAAGUCGACUUGGUGUUUAUACUGGAUUCAUCCACUAGUGUAGGAAAUGAUAACUACGACAAAAUGAAAAGCUUCGUGACAAAGUUUCUUCAUGACGCUAACAUUGACAAUGGAGAUGUUCGAGUAGGUCUCUUGUCAUACAGUACUAAAGUCACAGUUGAAUUCAAACUCAACUCUUAUAGCACCAAGGCUGACGUGUUCGAUGCUGUGAAUGCAAUACCAUGGCGAUACGGAAGUACAAAUACUGCCGAUGGUCUGCAGACAAUGCAUGAAGAGUUGUUUAAUGAAGCUAAUGGUGACAGACCUGGAGUUCCAAAUAUCUGCAUCAUUAUGACAGACGGUGUAUCCAAUAUCAACUACCGAAGAACCAUUCCCGAAGCUGAUGUAGCGAAAGAAAAGGGUAUUCAUAUUUAUGCUGUUGGAAUCGCUCUAAAGGACCUAAAGGAGGUGAAUGGAAUCGCCAGCGAACCUGCUAGUACAAAUGUUUUUGCAGUAAACACCUUUGAUGAGCUGGAAGGCCUUGAUGAAAAAAUCUUUGCGGCGACUUGUUCAGUUACAACAACAUUGCCAGAUACAACAACUACUAAAGAACGUGAUUCUGGUUAUGAUGUCAUCUUCAUGCUUGAUUCGUCUGUACCUGAUGAACGCGUUUUCAAUCAAAUGAAAGACUUUGCAGCCAAUGUUGCUGAGGGGCUCAGCAUCGAUGACAAGGAAUAUCAAAUUGGUCUCAUGCGAUACAGUAGUAAUGCUAAUGAGAUUGCGCAACUGAACAGUCUACCAAUGAAAAAUGACGUUGUACGAGAAAUUAAACAAAUAUCAUACAGGCCAGGUGAGAGCAAUCUUGCUGACGCCAUGGAUGACGUACGACAGAAUAUGUUUACUAACAGAAAUGGUGAUAGAGACUUUGCUAGGAAUCUCAUCGUAUUAUUUACCGGAGUGGACCAAAGCACCAACCCUUACGAUGCGUUUAGAGCUGCUGAAAAAGCGGAAAGGGAUCAAAUCAACUUGUAUACGGUUGGAUUUUAUCUAAACGACACGUUUGAAAUCGACGAGGUAUCCACGCAUCCGUUGAGUACAUACCGUUAUCUUGUGAAUAGGAAUAGGGAUCUAAAUAAAGUGCCAACGGAUCUUGUAAAAUCAAUUGAUACCAUUGUGAGACCAGAGAGAGGUCGACCAUACCCAACAACAACUACUACAACAACAACUACAACCACGACGCCUCUGCGCGACUCUGGAUAUGAUGUUGUUAUUAUGAUGGAUUCAAAUGUUGCUCCAGAAACAUUUGACUCCAUGAAAAAGUAUACAAAGUCACUUGUUAACAAGUUUAGCAUUGACGAUAAGGAAUACCGGGUAGGACUCAUGCAAUAUGGAUCUUCUAAUAACAAACAAUGGGAUUUGAACAGAUACGAUGACAAAUAUGAUGUCUUGUCUGCGGUCAACAAAGUUCCUUUCAGAAGAGACACUUCGUCCGAUGCAGCAAGUGCCAUCCGAAUGGUCAGACGAAGAAUGUUCAACGACAGAAACGGAGAUCGAGACUUUGCAAGGAAUCUUAUAUUCCUUAUGACUGCCAAUGAGCGAAGUGAUGACAUAUACGCCACCUGGAACGAAGCAGAGGAGGCUGAAAAAGAAAAUAUUAAUCUAUAUACUGUUGGGUUUGACUUGAAUGAUACAACAGAAAUAGACGAAACAUCAACUCACCCACUUAGAAUUUAUCGUCAUCUCAUCAAUACUAGAGAAGGCGACCGCCCUAUCGAUGAAUCAACGAGUAACAUUCUUGGACUUAUUGACGAAGAUAUAGAGCCUCCGAGAUCUCGACCAAAGCCUACAACUACACCAAUUCCAACGACUGUCAUAAACCAAUGCUUUGCACAAGUGGACUUGGUGUUUAUAUUGGAUUCAUCCACAAGUGUAGGAAAUGAUAACUACGACAAAAUGAAAAGCUUCGUGACAAAGUUCCUUCAUGACGCUAACAUUGACAAUGGAGAUGUUCGAGUAGGUCUCUUGUCAUACAGUACUCGGGUCACGGUUGAAUUCAAACUCAACUCUUAUAGCACCAAGGCUGACGUGUUCGAUGCUGUGAAUGCAAUACCAUGGAGAUACGGAAGUACAAAUACUGCCGAUGGUCUGCAGACAAUGCAUGAAGAGUUGUUUAAUGAAGGUAAUGGUGACAGACCUGGAGUUCCAAAUAUCUGCAUCAUUAUGACAGACGGUGUAUCCAAUAUCAACUACCGAAGAACCAUUCCCGAAGCUGAUGUAGCGAAAGAAAAGGGUAUUCAUAUUUAUGCUGUUGGAAUCGCUCUAAAGGACCUAAAGGAGGUGAAUGGAAUCGCCAGCGAACCUGCUAGUACAAACGUUUUUGCAGUAAACACUUUUGAUGAAUUGGAAGGUCUUGAUGAAAAAAUCUUUGCAGCGACCUGUACAGUUAGUACACCAACAGCAAGGCCACUACCAACUGGUUAUGAUGUAGUUCUUGUAUUGGAUUCUUCAGUACCACAAGAAACAUACCAGUUCAUGAAAGAUUAUGCUAAAAAUCUUGUGAAUGGGUUUGACGUUGAAAAUGAAGACUAUAGGGUUGGGUUAAUGAGAUACAGUACUGACGCAGAUGUACAAUUUGACCUUAAUGAGUAUUCCACAAGAGAUUCGUUGAAACUUGCAAUUGAUAAAUCCACUUAUAAACCAGGAAGCACGGAUACAGCAAAAGCUAUUAAUUCUGUCCGUGAAAAUAUGUUCCGUCAACCACGUGGUGAUCGGAACUUUGCUAGAAAUCUUAUUUUCUUGUUGACCGGACAGGAUAAGAGUAAAGAUACGUUUGAUGCUUGGGCAGCUGCUCAAAAAGCAGAGGCAGAAGGGAUUAAUUUGUUCACCGUUGGGAUAAAUCUAAACGACACGAUGGAAUUAGACGAACUAUCUACUCACCCAAUUGAGACGUACAGGCAACUAAUCAACACAUAUCAACCUCCAGGCGAACUUAACCGCACACUCACAGAAAUACUUGGACGAAUUGAUGAUAAUGUGGAACCCGAGAGACCAAGAAAAGGUCCCACAGGAGGAAAACCUGAUUGCGGAUUUAAUAAUGUGGAUUUGGUCUUCAUUGUUGACUCAUCAACUAGCGUUGGACAGGAGAACUUUAAAAAAAUACUCGACUUUCUGAAAGAUUUUCUUGGAAAAUCUAAUAUCGACUCUGGGAGUGUUCGAGUUGGAGUCCUUAGCUAUAGCACGGAAGUUCAUGACCACUUCUAUCUAAACUCCUACCAAACCUCUCGUGACAUAUUUAGUGCUAUUGACAAUAUAUCUUGGAUAUAUGGAAGUACCAAUACAGCGGAUGCAAUAAGAGAUAUGCGAACAAAAUAUUUUAGUUACAGAAAUGGCGAUAGACCAAAUGCCAGAAAUAUUGCUUUCAUCAUUACUGACGGUGUAUCGAACAUAAACCAAAAUAGAUUAGAAGAUGAGGUCAAUUUGGCAAAAGAAGACGGCAUACAGAUAUACGCAGUAGGAAUUGGACUAAGUGAUGAUACUGAAAUCAACUUGAUAGCGUCACCUCCUUCUUCGGAACAUGUUUACUCCGUCAGAAAUUUCGACGAGCUAAGAAAUUUGGAUGAACGUAUCUAUGAAUCAUUGUGCCCUUCAUCAACAACUAUCUUAACAAGACCGCCUACAACAACAUCAACAACUACUUCUCCUACACCAACAAGAAGAAGAAUAACAACCACAACGGUUGCUACGACAACAGAAAGAACAACAGGAUAUGACGUUGUGUUGGUGCUUGACUCCUCUGUCGAUAGAUCAACUUUUGAUUUCAUGAAAAGAUACGCAAAAGAUCUGGUUGAUAAACUAAGCAUUGACAACAACGAAUACAGAGUCGGUGUUAUGAGAUACAGCACUUACCCCGGCGUACAAUUUAAUCUUGAUAGAUAUGACCAGAAACAAUUCAUUAAAAAAAGAAUUGAUAAUAUUCAAUAUCGCUCGGGCAAAACAAAUACAGAUAGAGCACUUGAUGCUGUUCGGCAGCGAAUGUUUACGCCACGUAACGGAGAUAGAGACUAUGCCCGGAACCUUAUUGUGCAUAUCACCGGUAACGAUGAAAGUUCUGACAUAUAUGACACCUGGGCGGCGGCUGAGCGUGCAGAAAGGGAUGAUAUUAAUAUAUAUACUGUUGGUAUCAACCUUGGGGACCUGACAGAAAUUAACGAAUUAUCAACCCAUCCAUUGAGUACUUACCGAACACUUAUAAACACCACCAUGGGUCGACCUCAGAUUGAUGGCUCUCUUCUUGGACUUGUCAGAACAAUUGAUGAUAGUGUUGAGCCAUUAAGACUACGACCUAAACGAACAACAACUACAUCAACAACCCCUCCUACAACCACUCCCAGAACUACUGGAAAAGACGUCAUAUUUAUGCUAGACUCUUCUGUCCCUCCAGCGAUAUUUAACUGGAUGAAAUCUUAUGUCUCGAACAUGGUUAAGAAGAUGAGCAUAGAUAAUGAGGAAUACAAGGUGGGGUUGAUGAAGUUUGGGACCUAUCAAACCCCCGCAGCACAUUUAAACGCAAAUAGAGAUAAAGAUGACGUCCUUAGGAAAGUAGACAGAAUGCGUUACUCACCAGGAAGAACGAAUACAGGCGCUGCUAUCGAUUAUGUGCGACGAUCUAUGUUUACGUCUUACAACGGUGAUAGGAAUUUCGCUCGAAACAUUGUUGUUCUUCUCACAUCAAAUGAAAAAAGUUAUAACACUUAUCGUACUUUGGACGCAGCAGAGAGAGCCGAGGAAAAUGGAAUCAAUUUAUUUACUGUCGGUAUAAACCUCAACGACACGGAAGAAAUUGAUGAAAUAUCAACGCAUCCUUUGUCAACAUACAGGCACCUUGUCAACACGAAUAUGAAUAGCCAAAUGAUGGAUGAUUCAGCGAACGAAAUUUUGGGAUUGGUGACUGAGAUUAUCGAACCACCUCGGAAACGCAUUAGACCUACCACACCUCCCCCAACAACCACUCCCACCACACAAAUACCUGUAGGGGGCCAGGACAUUGUCGUUGUCAUGGACUCUUCUGUUAAACCCGGACGAUUUCGUACAUUCAAAACGUUUGUUCAAAGAUUAGCGGAAAAUUUGAACAUUGACAGUGGAGAAGUCAGACUCGGUCUUGUAAGCUAUAGCACCCGACCAAGUUUACAAUGGAACCUACGAGACUUCAACAGAAAGGACCAGAUUAUUAACAGAGCAGAAAGAAUAACCUAUAAUGCAGGACAAAGGAACACAGCUGAUGCAUUAAAUUUUGCCAGAACAAGAAUGUUUGUCAGAAGUAAUGGAGAUAGAAGCUAUGCAAGAAACUUUAUUAUUCUUUUAACAGGCGAAAAAGAGAGUUUGGACAGGUAUGACGCAUACGAAGCAGCUUACGAGGCUGAAAGGGAAGGCAUCAACCUGUUUUCUAUUGGCUACAACUUGGAUGAUUCAGCGGAAAUUAGUGAAAUUUCUACGUACCCACUGCGAACAUACAGGCAUCUUGUAUCUGAAGAGAGUGAACUCUUAGAACUGCCUGGAGUGUUGCAAUAUACGUUAAACGACAUGGGAGAAAACCCCGAACCUGCCCGCCAACGUCCUAAAAGACCAACAACACUGCCUCCACCUACUACUACAAGGAAACCGGGUGAUUGCAAAGGAAAAGGUGAUGUUGUAUUCAUCCUUGACACAUCUGGUAGCGUUGGUCGCAAUGGUUUUUACAAAGUGUUGAAUUUCACGUACCAAGCCAUUUCAGACCUCGACAUCGAUAGCGGAAACUUCCGAGUAGCUGUAAUAACCUUCAGUAAUUGGCCACGUUUAGAAUUCGAUCUUUCUGACUAUACCACAAAAUCGGAAAUAGAGAAAGCGUUAACACGUGUUCAAUACGUGUAUGGAAAUACCAAUACGGCUUCUGCACUCCGUAUGGCCAGGGAACAGGUGUUUGUACAAACUAGAGGAGAUCGAGUGGGUGCUCCAAAUGUUGUCAUAUCCAUAACCGAUGGCGAAUCCAAUAUUAAUGCGGAUGAUACAAUACCCGAAGCUCUUUUACUGAAGAGAACUGGUACAACUUUGCUGACGGUUGCAGUUGGAUAUACCCAUCGGGAGGAGGAAUUGAUUGGGCUAACUUCACCACCCGUCAAGGAAAACCUCUUCCGUGUUGAAAACUUUGAUGCCCUGCAUAAUUUUGGAGCUACACUUGUUAAUCCACUUUGUAACGAUGCCAACAAAUGUGCGUCUAAGCCUUGCCAGAAUGGAGCAUUCUGUAUUGAUGGCAUUGGAUCCUAUCAAUGUGUGUGUACAAAUGGAUUCCAUGGUCAAAACUGUGAUAAAAAAUGCGGGGAUCCAGCUGACGUUGUGUUCGUCAUGGACUCAUCUGAAGGAAUUGGGGAGUACACUUUUGGGCGCAUCAAAGGAUAUGUUGACUAUCUCGUACGACAGAUGAAUGUAGAGGAAUGUGACAUUAGAGUUGGAGCCAUGAAAUACAGCUCCUCUCCUAUGGUACAGUUCAAUAUCGGGCAAUACCAAGACACUAAUACUAUAACAAGAAUGGUGGACCACAUUGGUUACACAAAAGGAAAAGCAAAUAUGGCUGGUGCUUUCAGGAGCCUGCGCACAAACAUGUUUAAUGGCAAUGGAGAUCGACCGAGCGUGAAGAACGUAGCAUACCUCAUAACAGACGGUUCUGUGGGGGUCAAUGAGGACAUUACGUUACAGGAGGCUGAGUUGGCAAUUGAGUCUGAUAUACAGAUUAUCCCUAUUGCUAUCCAGAUGAGAAGAAGAGAGGAGAUUGAAAACAUAGCGCUCUCUCAAGGACUGAAAACAAUGGAAAUUGACGACGAAACCCAGUUGUAUUCCAUGAAGGAUGACGUUUUAGAACCUAUAUUCGAAAGUGUUGAUUACUGUGCCGACAGCCCAUGCAGAAAUGGUGGACAAUGCAAAAAUAAUAACGGCGGAUUUCUGUGUGAAUGCAGAGCUGGGUUUUCAGGAGACGUCUGUCAAAAGAGGUGUCCUUCAACUGGGGACGUAGUGUUUGUCGUGGAUGCAUCUCGGCAUGUCAACCGAAGAGAACUCAGGAAUAUGAGAAAGUUUAUUAAGCAACUUGUACGAAGAAUGACCUUCCGUAAGAGUGGUUUCCGUGUAGGACUUGUACAAUUCGCUGGUAGCGCUCUUGUGCGCCUUGACCUUCAUAAAGGUUCACGAAAGAAGGCCGUAAUGUCUGCAGUGUCUGGUAUAAGACGCUCUGGUUCUGACCCAAUGCCAAUGGAAGCUUUGCAGAAAACACGUCUUAGAAUCUUUGGACGAGCUGGAGAUCGCAAAGAUGUACCUAAUACUGUUAUCUUUAUAACAAAGAGCAUGCGCAAAGAGUCGGAAAUAAUGAGAGAGGCUGGAAAACUCAAACUUGAAGGAACCAGUAUCAUAGGAAUAGGAAUGGACCUCUCAGAUUCUGAUAAAAAGUUCUUAGAGACGGCUGUUUCUCCUCCAAUGGUGGCUAACGCGUUCUCCUUACCUGAUGGCGAAACUUUGACAAGUCUUACAGAUACAAUUAUGUCAUAUCUUUGCAAUGAAAACACUGCAUGCAGCGACAAUCCAUGUCAGAAUAAUGGUACAUGCACAAGUUUAUCAAGUACGGAAUACACUUGUUCGUGUACAAAAGGAUACGCAGGAAAGAACUGUGAAGAAGUUAACGGCAACGUGGCAGACAUUGCAUUCCUUGUUGAUGCAUCCGGAAGUGUUGGACUUGACAAUGUGGACAAGAUGAAGGAGUUCGUUUACUCAGUCGUAGAAAAACUCUCCAUCGGUAGGACUGAUGAUAGGGUUGGUCUCGUCUCCUACAGCUCAGAUCCACAACUAGGAUUCCAUCUGGACAGUUUCUUCACAAAGAAGGACAUCAACAAUGCUAUUUCCGCCAUGCAGUAUCGUUAUGGCAGUACAAAUACCGCUGCAGGAUUGAAGAUGGUCCGACAAGAGAUAUUUAACAUCCAAAAUGGCGAUAGAUCUAAUGUACCCAAUACAUUAAUAAUGAUCACGGACGGUAACUCUAACGUCAACAGCAUCGAUACAAUACCCGAAGCUAUCCGACUGAGGGAGGCCGGUGUUCACAUCUUUGUUAUUGCCAUCAAUUUCGCCGGCGAUAUGUACCGACAGGAAAUGGAUGACAUCGCUUCCCAGCCCCCGGAUCAAAACGUCUUCUGGGUCAACAGCUUCUCGGAACUUCCAGAAGUCGGAAGUGCGGUUUUCAACAAAUUAUCCUCACCGGAUAUGAAUAAGGACAUUUGCGACACCAACGAAAUAAAAUGUAAACAUGGUGGCCGAUGUGUAGCCGCAGCAGUCACUGGUUCUUUCCGGUGUGAGUGUAUUCAAGGAUUUACCGGCGAAUUUUGCGAGAUCGCAUGUCCUAGCAGGUUUGAUGUUGCGUUUGUCAUUGAUUCCUCUGUAAGUGUUGGGCCACACAACUUUGGACUCAUCCGAAACUUCUCCAGCUCUGUCAUUGAAAAGCUGUACCAAAUCUCUAGAAACAACAAAUUUGCCAUGAUCACCUUCAACUCAGAAUCCAAUAUUGCUUUCAGUUUUGGACGUAACUCAGACUUAAAUGGCCUCAAAAGUGCGAUAGCAGGCGUGAGAUACAAGCCAGGGGGCACCAACACUGCACUGGCGCUGAGAACCGCUUAUGGUCUUUUACAAAACGACUAUGGAGCCAGGCGAUCGGCGCAGGACGUGGUCAUUCUGGUCACAGAUGAGGCGUCCAACAUAGACGCCCAGGAAACGCUUCCAGCAGCCAAGGAGUUGAAGGACGCCGGGACCCACGUGAUAGCUAUUGGAAUGGACCUGGAUACCGCCGGACGGGCCGCGGCCCAAGAGGUAAAAGAUAUCGCUUCUUCCGACGAUCGCGCCAUGAUUAAACUCAACAGCUACAGUGCGUUGAAGGGAAUUGAAAGUGACGUCAUUAACCAAAUGUGCGAGUUUGGUAGAAAUGGUAGAAAAUAGUCUCAUGAUAUAUUUAUGUUUCAUUCCAUAUAGGGUAACUUAAACAAUUUGCGUAGUACCGGUAUAUUGUUACUAAGUUCAGCAGCACUGUUUUAUUUUGUUGUGAGAGUGACUAUAUUAAUUUUGUAUUCAUAUAAUGUUUGAGUAUGUACAUGUGUAAUUGUGUAUAUGUAUAUGCUGAUUAGUUUAGAUUUUAUUGUAGAUAAUAUUCAUAAAGAGAGUGGCAUUAGUUUUUAAACCUAUGCAUAAUUUGUGACAUUUUCUGACGAUCAUAAAACAUUUUAAGAUAUCAAAUAUUUAUGAUAAUCAUGAUUAUCAAUAAUUAAAUCAUCUAUAUAUUGUCGUUUUGCAUGCCUUAUUUAUAGAUCAAGUUUUGAAAAUAAUUUUUAAGCGGUAAGUGAUUUAUGCGAGGCAAUAAACUUUGCACUAAAUAGCUUUGUAAUAAAAUUAUUUUUACGAC